AACUGAAAAAAACUACGAAACCAAUCAGAUUCGGCCAUUUCUUUCCCUCUUUUCUUUUUUCUCCCAAUCACUCUUCAGAUUCCGAAAAAAAAAGCAAACAAAGAAAGAAAAAAUAGAUUCUUUAUCACCGGAGUUUUCACCGGACUCUUAAAAGAUGAAUACGCCGAACUGGGAACUCCGGAGUUGCUGUAACCGAAACCAGAACACGUUCCUCAUCACCAUCGGAAUCUUCACCGUCGUUAUCCUUGUGCUAUGGAGGACAUUUCUAUUGACUCCAUUUAAACUAAUCACGGUGUUUUUGCACGAAGCGAGUCAUGCUGUUGCUUGCAAGCUCACAUGUGGAGAUGUGGAGGGGAUGGAGGUGAAUGCAAAUGAAGGAGGUUCCACAACAACACGUGGCGGCAUCUAUUGGCUGAUCUUACCUGCUGGCUAUCUUGGCUCAUCAUUUUGGGGAAUGGCUUUGAUUCUUGCAUCUACUAAUCUGCUUACAGCAAGAAUAGCUGCUGCUGGUCUCGGUCUUGCUUUAUUCAUCGUCCUCUUCAUUGCCAAAAACUGGACGCUUCGAGGUCUUUGUAUAGGUUUCAUAGUUUUCCUCGCUAUCAUAUGGGUUCUACAAGAGUUAACUACAGUAAAAAUUCUCCGUUAUGUCAUUCUGUUCAUCGGUGUGAUGAAUAGCUUAUUCUCAGUUUACGAUAUCUACGAUGAUCUGAUAUCGCGAAGAGUCCAUUCAAGUGAUGCUGAGAAGUUUGCAGAGAUCUGUCCUUGCUGUACUGGUUGUGGCUGGGGUGUCAUAUGGGGAAUGAUAUCUUUUGCGUUUCUUUGCGCAUCAUUGUAUCUUGGGCUAGUGAUCCUAUCAUAAAAAGGUUUCAAAUUCUUUCCAGUGAACUGCGGAGUCUCCUUUCUUUCAUCUAUGCGCAGUUUUUUAACAGAAAACAUUUUUUUGAUUAAAAAGCUUGAUUCUUUAGAUCCCUUUGAUGUAUUUACAUUUGAUUGAAAGUUUAGGGUUUAUCAUUUUUUUUUUAUUCAUUUUGGAGUUUGUGUUGAAUAGAAUUCAUUGAUUGUUCUGUUUUAAUGCAUUGUAAGUCCGUUGAUCUUGUCAUCAAAACAAAACUCCGUCGACUUAUUCCUGUAAAUGGUCAUA